CUUAUCGCCUUUCCUUAUCGCACCGAGUGCUGAAAAGCCAGCGGGAACGGGCGGACAGGUAAGACUUGAAGACGGACAGUCGAGGGAGAAAGAUCACAGCCGCUGCUGCCGCUCGGUCAGUCAAAACCUGUUCUCUCACACCUCAAAGACUCUGUAGUUUUACCUGGGGAGGCAGGAAGGGUAGGAGGCUUACCUGGCGGAACCCCCGUUUGCUACUGCACCAAGAAGACGGAUUUGGGAUUGACUCAGUCUGCCUCAACUCUGUGAGCUAUACCACAGGGGACAGAACAGAGGAAUUAGUGCACAAUUUGCCAACAAAUAACAGGCUCUGACACCAAAGGAAAAAAAGAGAGUAUAAGAAAAAGGAGAGGAAGUGGAAGCUCUGAAGAAGAUGGCUCAGACUACGGAGGUGUGGCACACGCAGGCUCCGCCCCAGGAAGAGGAGGAGGGGGAGGAGCCGGAGAAGGGCCCCGCCCAGCCCGAGUGCUCCAUCUGCUACAACACCUACGACAACGUCUUCAAGACGCCCAAGCUGCUGGACUGCACGCACACCUUCUGCCUGGAGUGCCUGACGCGGCUCAUGGCCACGGGGGGCGAGGGCGAGAUCUCCUGCCCCUUCUGCCGCCGGCCCACCGCCGUGCCGCAGAGCGGGCCGCCGGCGCUGGCCACCAGCCGGGAGGUGCUGUGCAAGCUGCCCACGCACCAGCAGCAGGAGGAGAGCGUGUGGCUGGAGGGCGAGCGGCUGUGCUACAAGCUGCCGCCGAACCCGGAGAACCCGGCCUUCUGCGUCUGCAUCGACAUCGGCGCCGCCAAGCAGGCCGGCCCCGACGCGCAGGCCGGUCCCGGCCGGGCCGGGGGGAGGGGCGCGCUGGCCCGGCUGUCCGACUGGAAGCGGCUGGUGCUCUUCGUGGUGCUGACGGCGCUGCUGGUCGUGGUGGUGCUGUGGCCCCUGCAGUGCAUCUUCAGAACGGGGACCCUGCGGUGCGUGCGUCGCGGGAUGCCCGACAUGGGCGGGCCCCUCAGCACCGCCGCCGCCACCGUCAGCACCCUGGAGCCCCCCCACCACUAG